UGACUGGGCUGACAUCUCACUGCCGGCAUCUCGCUAAUGCUGCUGCGCUGCUGCUAGCUGACUGAAGGAUUUCUCGCUCAAUCUCCGAAAUAGCACGUGGGGGCCAGUCUGUCAGUCGAACAAUCCUGCCAGCCAUCGUCUUCCUAGCACCGGACCAGUUGCACGAACAGAGACGUCGAUGUCCGACGGUCCGAGAGAGUAUGGCCUGCUCAGGUCUGCAGGAGUGAUCAUAACGGAAUCCUGACCCACCCCUCUGGCACGUACAAAAAACAUUGACCCUGACAGCGUCUGCUGCAGCCUGCAGCAUGCAUUUCGACCCCUGUCGAAGUCCACGAUGAGCGCGGCCACGCAUUACUCGGCCGCGUAUCUGGCACAGUCGCGCGUCACCGAGGUCAUCGUGGGAUACUCGGUCCCGAUUCCUCUGGAGAUUCUGACCACGGGCUGGCGCAUCUGGAUCCAGCUACGGCCGUCGUCGAAGAAUGGCUUGGCGUUCGAUGACUAUCUGAUAUUGUGGGCUACGAUCAUCGGGGUGGGAGUCUGCGCCAGCGGGUUGUAUUACGGUCCGCCCUACGGUUUCGGACGACAUGUCGCAGCUCUCCCGACCAAAGAAGUCGAGACCUUCAUGAAAGGCGACUACAUCUUCAGCCACUUCUACGACGUCGCCAUCGCCAGCACCAAACUCUCCGUCCUCGCCCUCUACUAUCGCAUCUUCAUCACGCCCAAGUUCCGAUUCGUCGUCAUCGGCACCGUCGUCUGGGUGAUUCUAUGGCUCAUGACCAUGGAGAUCGUGUUGGGGCUGGAGUGCCGACCCAUCCAGAAAUUCUGGGACUCGAGUGUCCACGGAACGUGCUUUAAUCUGGUGGCGUUUAGCUAUUUCACGAAUAUCACGAACCUUGUCACCGAUAUCUGGAUCUUUCUGCUUCCGGUGCCGGUCAUUUUGAAGUUGCAAAUUACGAGGAAUAAGAAGGUCGGCUUGAGUUUAUUGUUUUCGGUUGGGUUGGCAACCUGCGCCAUCAGCGCCGCCCGCCUCACCGUCGUCGUCACCCAAGGCUCAACAGACUAUACUUGGGCCGGUGUCCCCCUCGGCAUCCUCUCUGCCUGGGAACCCCUCGGCGGAAUCCUCUGCGCCAACCUCCCCCUAAUCUACAAAUCGCUCGCAUCGAUCUUCACCAGCCUGAAAAGCACUCUCCAAUCACGCACCACCCGCUCCGGCGCGAAUAACAAUACCUCCCCCUCCUCCAAUACCCACGACUAUAACCAUACCGGCCACACGCACGCGCAUAAAUCGAGUAUCACGGCCUCGCAGCAUGCAUCUUGGCUGAAGUUGCACAAUGGCAGUGCCGCGGGGAAUAGCUUCCGGUCGGAGGUGGAGGCGUUGAGGAGCUUUGAUGAGGAGGAGGAGGAUGAGGAUGGGUUUGGGGGGUGGGGGGUGGAGAUGGGGAGGGUGUUUGAGCAGGAGGUUGGGUAUGAGGGGCAUAGAGAGGGGGAGGGGGAUGAGAUGCCGUUGCGAGGGAGAUAA